GUCUGUAGAAUUCUUUAGAAAAUCCGUCCCCAGUCACAUGACAUUUCUCCUAGAGCCCCUCUAAGUGACGAAAAUUUCAGGUGAUUUUCCUCUAUCUCCAAGGCAGUCGAGGAAAGUUUUGAGGAGUGUGCUGGAGAUUUGUGCAUAUUUCCCUGACUUGGUACUUUCAUUCACUUACUAACCACAUCCUUUUACUCCUUUAUUCACGCGCAAAAGGUUGAUGUACUCCUCGACCAUGAAUGCAAAACAGGCCCAACGUGAGCAUGUCUUGGCCGUGUCUCGUGAUUUCAUCUCUCAGCCCCGUCUCACCUACAAAACGGUGAGCGGUGUCAAUGGUCCCCUGGUUAUCCUGGAUGAGGUGAAAUUCCCCAAAUUCGCUGAGAUCGUCCAGCUACGCCUGAAUGAUGGCACCAUCCGAUCUGGUCAGGUGCUGGAAGUGAGUGGUUCCAAGGCCGUGGUGCAGGUGUUUGAGGGCACCUCGGGAAUUGAUGCUAAAAACACUCUGUGCGAGUUUACGGGUGAUAUCCUGAGGACUCCUGUGUCUGAGGAUAUGUUGGGUCGUGUAUUCAACGGAAGUGGCAAGCCCAUUGAUAAGGGUCCACCAAUUUUGGCUGAGGAUUUCCUCGAUAUCCAGGGACAACCCAUUAAUCCCUGGUCCCGUAUUUACCCAGAGGAAAUGAUCCAAACUGGUAUUUCGGCCAUUGACGUGAUGAAUUCCAUUGCUCGUGGUCAGAAGAUUCCCAUCUUCUCGGCUGCUGGUCUGCCCCACAAUGAAAUUGCUGCUCAGAUCUGUCGUCAGGCUGGUCUGGUGAAGGUCACAGGCAAAUCUGUUCUGGAUGAGCAUGAGGAUAACUUUGCCAUUGUAUUCGCUGCCAUGGGUGUCAACAUGGAGACAGCCCGUUUCUUCAAGCAGGACUUCGAGGAGAAUGGUUCCAUGGAGAACGUAUGCCUCUUCCUCAAUCUGGCCAAUGAUCCAACCAUUGAGCGUAUUAUCACACCACGUCUCGCCCUCACGGCGGCCGAAUUCUUGGCCUAUCAGUGCGAGAAGCACGUGCUCGUCAUCCUCACUGAUAUGUCUUCAUACGCUGAGGCUCUGCGUGAGGUGUCGGCUGCUCGUGAAGAAGUGCCCGGACGUCGUGGUUUCCCUGGUUACAUGUACACUGAUUUGGCCACCAUCUACGAACGUGCUGGACGUGUUGAGGGCAGAAAUGGAUCCAUCACUCAGAUUCCCAUCUUGACUAUGCCCAACGACGAUAUCACUCACCCCAUUCCUGAUCUGACGGGUUACAUUACCGAGGGACAAAUUUACGUUGAUCGUCAGCUGCACAAUCGUCAGAUCUAUCCACCAGUGAAUGUGCUACCAUCACUGUCUCGUUUGAUGAAGUCUGCCAUUGGUGAGGGCAUGACCAGGAAGGAUCACUCCGAUGUGUCCAAUCAGCUGUAUGCAUGCUAUGCCAUCGGUAAGGAUGUGCAAGCCAUGAAGGCUGUGGUGGGUGAGGAGGCUCUGACACCCGAUGAUCUUCUGUACUUGGAGUUCCUCACGAAAUUCGAGAAGAACUUCAUCUCGCAAGGCAACUAUGAAAAUCGUACGGUGUAUGAAUCCCUGGAUAUUGGCUGGCAGUUGCUUCGUAUCUUCCCCAAGGAGAUGCUCAAGAGAAUUCCCGCUUCAAUUCUCGCUGAAUACUAUCCACGUGACUCACGUCAUUAAGUGGCUAAUAAAAAAGCUGAUAUCUUACUAAUAAUAUCUCUUCUGCUCUGUGUCUGCAGAAUUGUAUGAAGAAAAAAAAACAACACAAGCAUAUUUUUGAUUUUAAUUGUUAAUAAUAAUUUGUGAGAAAAAAAAAGCGGGAGAAAUUACAAGUGCAAGAAAAGAUUUUAGAUGAAUAGUGUUAAGUAGAAAUUUUUCUUUUGGAUCAUUCCAACACAACAUGAGUAUUUUAAAUGGGAGAUUCUUUCUCUUUGUGUCGUGUCCCUCGAGAAUUGCUGAAAAAAAACGAUGUGUUAUGAAAUUAACAAAAAUAAGAGAAUAUUUACUGUAAAAAAAGGAAGUGUAAUGUUAAAUAAAAGUCGUUAGAUGUUUCUUGGUUUCAAA